AUGAGUCACAGGUUUAGCUCUCAGUCUGCCUUUAGCUCGAGGAGCAGGAGGGGCUACAGCAGCAGGUCCUCCUCAGGCUUUGGCGGUGGGCGACAGGUUGUGGGAUCUGUGUGCCAGUCACGCGGGAGGUGCAGUGGCGGUGGUUAUGGAGGGGGGUUUAGCUCCCGGAGUCUCUACAAUCUGGGCGGUAGUAAAAGCAUCUUUGGGUGCCUAGUAGGGAGAAGCGCCAGUAGUUUCUGCCUAGGGGGAGGAACAGGAGGAUUUGGAGCAGGAAGAAGUUUUGGGGGUGGUGGCUUUGGAGGCGGUGGCUAUGGUGGUGGCAGAUUUGGAGGUGGCUUUGGGGGUGCUGGAUUUGGUGCUGGAUUUGGUGGGUUUGGUGGAUUCGGUCCAUCUUUUCCUCCUGGGGGUAUCCAUGAGGUGACUAUUAACCAGAGCCUCCUGGAACCCCUACACCUGGAGGUAGACCCUGAAAUUCAGAGGGUCAAGAACCAGGAGCGUGAGCAGAUCAAGACGCUCAACAACAAGUUUGCCUCCUUCAUCGACAAGGUGCGCUUCCUGGAGCAGCAGAACCAGGUGCUACAGACAAAAUGGGAGCUGCUGCAGCAGGUGAACACCACGACUCGAACCAGCAGCUUGGAGCCCAUUUUCGAGAGUUACAUCAGCCAACUGCAGAGGCAGGUGGAUUUUCUGAACUCUGAGCGGUCUCGCCAAAACUUGGAGAUCAGGAGCAUGCAAGAUGUCGUGGAGGACUACAAAAGCAAGUAUGAGGAUGAAAUCAACAAGCGGACCAAUGCUGAGAACGACUUUGUUGUUAUGAAGAAGGAUGUGGAUGCUGCUUUCAUGGGCAAAUCAGACCUGCAGUCCAAAGUGGACACGCUGUAUGGGGAGGUCAACUUCCUGAAAUAUCUAUUUGAUACGGAGCUGUCCCAGAUGCAGACACACAUCAGUGACACCAAUGUCAUCUUGUCGAUGGACAACAAUCGCUCCCUGGACCUGGACAGCAUCAUCGAUGCGGUGCGAGUCCAAUAUGAGCUGAUCGCACAGAAGAGCAAGGAUGAGGCCGAGGCACUGUACCAGACCAAGUACCAGGAACUGCAGAUCACAGCCGGGAAACAUGGAGAUGACCUGAAGAACAGCAAGAUGGAGAUCUCAGAGCUCAACCGCAACAUCCAGAGGCUGCAGGCAGAGAUCAACAGCGUCAAGAAGCAGAUCGAACAGAUGCACGGAUCCAUUUCCGAUGCAGAGGAGAGAGGAGAAAGGGCUCUCCAGGAUGCAAAGCAAAAGCUGCAAGACAUGGACGAGGCUCUCCAACAGUCUAAGGAGGAGCUGGCCAGGCUGCUGAGAGACUACCAGGCAAUGCUGGGGGCCAAGCUGUCCUUGGAUGUGGAGAUCGCCACCUACCGCCAGCUGCUGGAGGGCGAGGAGAGCAGGAUGUCGGGGGAGCUGCAGAGUCAAGUGAGCAUCUCUGUGCAGAGCAGUCAGGUGACUGUAGGCGGCGGCAGCUACGGUGGCGGCAGCGGCGGGGGUUCAGGCGGUUACGGCGGUGGAUACGGCAGCAGCUCCCGCGGGGGCAGCGGCGGUUACGGAGGAGGAGCAGGCUCCCGCGGGGGCGGCGGGAGCUACGGCUCGAGCAGCAAAAGCAGCAGCAAAUACAGCGGUGGCGGCGGCGGCCGGAGCGGCGGCUCCUCCCGCACUCAGAUAGUGCAGACCUCCACCCACAGUUCGCGCAGGCGCGUGGUGGAGUAG